UCCACAAUGAGGACCUGCAGCGUGUAGGAGUUGCUGCUCCGGCGCAAAUGUUGUGCAGCGUUGCCAAAUCAAACACCGUGAGCAGGGACCGGGGGAGUCGAUGAAGCGGACCGAGACCGUUGCACAGAUUACAAACGAUGCCUCAAUCAUCCUGGUCUGGCUUUCCCGACGAGGCCAUCUCACCAGACGACGAAUAUCGAGUGACGGAAAUUCGACCGAGGACAAAUCGCAAUUCGGCAGACACCAGCAAGAGCCGCAGAGAAAGCUACUAUGAUACACAGCGAGGUGGUGAUGGGCCUGCGGUGCCAUCAGUUGGGCAGAAGUCACGACCAACAUCAACGGCAAGUGUCCUGACGACGAGGUCAAAAGGGAAACAACGGGCGAGCUACGCAGAGCCAUUGGAACAAGAAUCCACGAGCGAUGCAGCUUAUCCGCACCCCGUACCAACCUUCGAUGACAGGCCGCCGACUUGGGCAGACGCGCGUGGAGAGGAUCGGCAACCCCAGCCAGAUGCCACAGGGAUGCACGUGAGAAACUUCAGUCGAAUAUCAACGCGACGAGCAACCAGCGAGACAGACCGCGAAGCACAACUUCCAUCAGACGUCUCUGCUCUGCCGCCACUUCCAGCUCCAACACCAAAAAGUAAUCGUCUGUCAGCCGCCAACACGGCGCGACCUACAACGCAGCCGACCAAGAGGUCGGGCGACUUUGACCAUGGCAAUGACGCACCUGACAUGCCGCGACCAUUCUCGCAACGACAGCCGGAAGAGUAUGCGAGACCAGUAGAAUCUGAAUCCCGAUGGCUCACAGAGAUCUACACCAUCUCCUACUUGAUCUUCUUCGCGAUAUUCGGAACAUUAGCAAGACUCGGCGUGCAAUGGAUCACGUUCUACCCCGGCGCACCACUCGUUACACCCGUGGUAUGGGCCAACAUGGCAGGCUCUUGGUUCAUGGGCUUCCUCACGGAGGAUCGAAUGCUGUUCUGUAGCCAUGCAAUGAGCACGAGCAGCCAAUCUGAGAAGGAAAUUGGAAUGGAGCAGCUGGAAACGAAAGAAUUCACCAGGCGGAAGAAGGCGAUCCCAUUGUACAUUGGACUCGCCACAGGCUUUUGUGGCAGCUUAACUUCGUUUUCCAGUUUUGCACGAGAUUUCUUCCUGGCGCUCUCGAAUAAUCUGCCUGCACCGAUUUAUCAUGAAGGCGCUCUGGCUUUGAGAGACACGCCGUCUUCCACGAUUGGUCGGAAUGCCGGGUACUCUUUCGAAGCUGUGCUGGGAGUGAUGUUCUCCACUGUCGCGCUUUCUCUGGGUGGCUUUUACGUGGGCACACACACUGCUUCCGCACUGGACAAGAUCACUCCUUCCUUGCCAGUACAUGUCAUUCGCAAGAUAUUGGAUCCGGCUUUUGUCGUUCUGGGUUGGGGAUGUUGGGUAGGCGCAAUCAUCAUGGCGGCUUUGCCGCCCGAUCGACCUGGAGGUCCUGCGUCUCGAGGCUCGUGGGACAACGAAACUUGGCGAGGCGAAGUCAUUUUUGCACUCGUCUUCGCUCCCGUUGGCACCAUCCUCCGCUACUACCUCAGUCUCCACAUGAAUGGGCUGAUCAAGUGGUUCCCUCUCGGCACUUUCGCUGUCAACAUGUUUGGCACAGCAGUCGAGGGAAUGUGCUACAAUAUUCAGCACGUAGGAGUUGGGGUCAUGGGACAGAUCGGCGGCGGUCGCGUAGGAUGUCAAGUUUUGCAAGGCAUCAUGGACGGCUUCUGUGGCUGCUUGACAACUGUGAGCACCUGGGUCGCCGAGAUCAGCGCCUUGAAGCGAAAACAUGGUUAUUUAUAUGCAUUAGCGAGUUUGGCGGGUGGUUUAUGCUUGAUGGUCAUCAUCAUGGGAAGCGUGCGAUGGACUGUUGGCUUUGCGGAGCCGGUUUGUUCGACAGGAUACCCCAAUAAAGUUCAUGGUUGAAGAGUUACGAAAUGAAAAAUGAAAAAGAUGUAUGCAUUGAUAUAGACUUACGACUGAGACAUACAAUCUGCACC